AUGUCCAGUAAAGAAGGCCUUGCUGAAUCCCAUCCCGCUGGAGAUUUCACGACUCAGCCUGUCAAGCGUUACAGGUGGUAUCAUCUGUUCGGCAAAGAUGUCAGCCACGUACCAGUCGACGAAGGCUACUCAACAGGUUCUGACACAGCUUCCCUACAUAGUGAGAUUGUGAACAGCCAUCACAAUGUCUUUGCUGCUCCGGAAGCGGUGGAUAUCUACAAGAUAGUCGAUGGCUUCGAAGGCGCCCACCGCUUCGAGCCUUCUGCGACGUGGGAAUCCCAGGAGGAGGAGAAGCUAGUAAGACGGCUUGACUGGUUCAUCGCACUUCCUGCCUGCAUUAUGUUCUUUGCUCUCCAGCUGGACCGUGGCAAUAUCGUCCAAGCUCUUUCAGAUGGCAUGCUAAAUGAUCUCGGUCUCACGACAAAUGACUACAAUAAUGGCAUGACGAUAUUUUAUUGUUCAUUCUUAUUUGCAGAGCUCCCGUCACAAGUCAUUGGGAAAAAGCUUGGACCAGACGUCUGGAUCCCUAUCCAGAUGGUACUAUGGAGUGUUGUGGCAAUGUCACAAGCCGCGCUUCAGGGAAAGACCAGCUUCUUUAUCUGCCGCUGGUUGCUUGGAAUGCUCGAAGGAGGCUUCAUCCCUGACACCAUUCUUUAUCUUUCGUACUUUUACAAGAAUGUCGAGCUUCCUAGACGCCUAACAUACGGUAUUCUCCACCUCCGGGGCCAUAGUGGGCUCCAUGAAGGAUGGCGAUAUCUGUUCGUGAUUGAGGGCUCAUUUACUGCACUGAUCGGUAUAUUGACCUUUUUCUACCUUCCGCCAUCCCCCACACAGACUUCUCGAACAGACUGGAAAGGAUUACUUCGACCCAGGUCUGGAUGGUUCUCUGAACGCGAAGAGAUCAUUAUGGUUACGCGAGUUCUUCGGGAUGAUCCUGGCAAGGCUACCAUGCAUAACCGUCAGGGCUUAACGGGCAGCCUGAUCUGGGAAGCUCUCUCUGACUACCAUAUGUGGCCUAUCUAUCUCAUCGGUCUUUCCUGGGGCAUUCCUAAUGCGCCUCCCCAAGCAUAUAUCACACUCACAUGCAAGGCUCUUGGUUUCGAUACUUUCCAUACCAACCUUCUUACAAUCCCGGCAUAUACCUUGUUCAUUAUACAGCUACUGUUCUGGACCUGGGUAUCCGAAAGGAUCAACCAGCGUGUUCUUCUCGGUGUUAUCGGCCAACUAUGGUCCUUGCCACUUCUGGUUUCCCUUGCCGUUUUGCCUCCCGUCUUUCCAGGAUGGAAAUGGGCAAAAUGGACUCUGUCUACGCUUCUUGUUGGCGCUCCCUACCCUCAUGCGAUUCUUGUGGCCUUGACGUCCCGCAAUGCCGGAUCUGUCCGCACUCGUACUGUUGGCUCUUCGCUCUAUAACAUGAGCGUUCAAAUGUCGAGCAUUAUAUCCUCACAGAUAUACCGCAAGAACGACGCGCCAUACUAUUAUACUGGAAACAAAGCGCUACUUGGAGUCUUGGGUUAUAAUAUCUUGAUCUAUAUCUUUAUUAAGCUCUAUUAUGUUAGGGAGAAUAACAAAAGAGAUAAGAUCUGGGAAGGCAUGACCAGAGAGGAGGGAAUUAAUUAUCUCAAGACAACAACUGACCAAGGAAACAAAAGGUUGGAUUUCAGGUUUGCGUCAUGA